UCAAGAUGUCUGCGCCCUUGAGUUAAAAAAAACCCACAUGAAUUUAAGAUGAAACUCACGAAUAUGCAGAAUCAAUCAAACACCGGUUAAUCAAUAUGUUUUAUUUAUUGUAUUGUUCGAGAACAUGUUUUAAAUUAAAACGAUGGGAUUUGAUAAAACGAUGGGCGUCCACGACUUCUGGUGUAAAUUCUGUGACAGUCAAAGUUGGGAAAAGAGAUCUCACCAUAGAAACAGGGAAAUUGGCAAAAUUUGCAGAUGGGGCUGCAGUUAUAAAGCAAGGGGAGACAAGUGUUCUUGUCACAGUGGUCAGCAAGUCUCUGUCCCAACCCAGCUCCUUUCUGCCCCUCACAGUUGAUUACCGACUGAAGGCAGCCGCUGCUGGGAGGAUUCCCAUGAACUACUUCAGACGAGAGAGGGGCCCCACAGACAAUGAGAUACUUACUAGUCGUGUAAUAGAUCGAUCUAUUAGACCCCUGUUCCCAGAAGACUGUCAAAGAGAAUUACAGGUGAUGUGUAAUGUACUAGCAGUGGACGGAGAGAAUGAUCCAGCAGUCCUCAGCAUCAAUGCAGCCUCCUGUGCCACAGCUUUAUCAUUAAUGCCAUGGAAUGGACCAGUGGGGGCUGUCAGAGUUGGUUAUAUAGAUGGAAAGAUUGUGAUCAACCCACAGAGGCAUGAGAUGGAGAAGAGUGAUAUCAACUUGAUCGUUGCUUCUAGUUUGCAGGGAGUAGUAAUGCUGGAAGGUGGAGCCAAUAUUGUCAGCUAUGAUCUAAUGAAACAAGCCAUAAAUACUGGUCACAUAGAGAACAUGAAAAUAAUCCAAAGUAUCCAACAAAUGACUGAGAAUAGCACAAAAGCCAAGAGCACUCCGAGGGAAGUUCAGGAUGAACUUUGGAAAACAGUUUACAAUGUAUGCAGCAAGGCCUUCUACCCUAUAUUCAAUGACUACACUCAUGACAAGUUCUCAAGAGAUGCGAAAGUAAAGACAGAAAUAGAGAAAGCAACCAAAGUAUUAUUAGAGAUUUAUCCUAAUGUAGACAGAGAGUUAUUGAACUCUUACAUUCAAAAAUGCUUCAAAGAGGUCUUCAGGAAAAACAUCUUUAAAACAGACAAAAGGUGUGACGGUAGAGGGUUGAGUGACCUCAGGAACAUUUCAUGUAGUGUGGACGUUCUCAAGCCUCUCCAUGGAUCCUCUCUGUUCCAGAGAGGUCAGACUCAGGUUCUUUGCACCAUGGCCUAUGAUUCUCUGGACAUGUCUUUAAAAUUUGAUCCAGUUUCACAAUUAAUCAGUGGUGUAAAGGAGAAGAACUUUAUGCUACACUAUGAAUUUCCUCCAUAUGCUACAAAUGAAAUCGGAAGACCCGGGGCAGCUUUGGCCAGAAGAGAAAUUGGACAUGGUGCUCUGGCUGAGAGGGGACUCAGGCCCAUCAUCCCAGAUAACCUUCCUUUUUCCCUGCGUGUCACCUCAGAAGUUCUGGAAUCCAAUGGAUCAUCAUCCAUGGCAUCAGUGUGUGGGGGGAGUCUGGCCCUGAUGGACGCUGGUGUGCCGGUGAAGGAGGCUGCUGCUGGGGUCGCUAUUGGACUGAUGACCAAGAUCAACUACCAGGGGGAAACCAUUGACCACCGAAUCCUCACAGACCUUCUGGGUAUUGAAGAUUACUGUGGAGACAUGGAUUUCAAAAUGGCAGGGACAAGAAAUGGUAUCACUGCUAUACAGGCAGAUAUCAAGAUAGAAGGUUUACCUUUGAAAAUUGUAUCCAAAGCCAUUGACGCUGGAAAAAGUGGAAUUGUUAGGAUACUAGAUAUAAUGGAUACUGUGAUAAAAACUCCUAGACAAGACAAGAAAAAUUCCCCUGUCAAAGAGACAUUUGUGAUCAACCCUAAGAAGAGGGGCCGAAUUAUGGGGUUUGGGGGUUCAAAAAUACGAGAAUUGGCACAGAAAACAGGUGUACAGAUGUCGCCUGUGGAUGAUAGUGUGUUUGAAUUGUUUGCUCCAGACUCAGCUGCAAUGGAAGAAGGAAAGACCCUUCUAAACUCGUGGCUAGAGGAAAAGCCUGCUCCAGAUAUGGAAUUUGGAGCAAUUUACACUGUUAAAAUACUGGAGGUGAAUGUAACAGGUGCUUUGGUAGAAAUUCAUAAAAAUAUGGAGCCUGUUUUUAUACACAGAAGACAGCUAGACACAAGAUUGGUUGAGGAUGCCAGGCUGCUUGGAUUCAAACCUGGGGAUGAAAUCCAGGUGAAGUACUUUGGCAAUGACCCAACUUCCGGACAGGUCCGGCUUUCUCGCCGACUUCUCCUCUCUCCGUCAGUCUCCGCCUUCAAGUCUUGACAACUGUGAUUCAUAGUUGAAGAUGAAUAUUGCUCGCAAGAGCAUUGUUGUGGCCAGCAGUAAAAAAACAAAAGAAGAGACACAUGUUUUAAUGUGGUUCAAUGGAGAUCUUGCGUGAAGAUUGAGGAGACAUGGUUUAUAACAUAACAUGAACCUGCCUAUAAGGAUCCCAUUUUUCUGAUUCACCAGUGAAGUUGAUUCAAUGUGAUUUCAGGAUAUAGGAAAUUCCUGUAAAGAUUCCUUUGACAUGGUUAACUAUUUUAAAGCAAAUUAAACUCAACACAAAUAUUAUGAUUUAAACCAACCUGUUAAUCUGGUAUCUAGAUUAUUGUGAAGAGAUUCAUAAAUGUUCCUAUCCUGGGUUUUUUUCCUCAUGUUUUAUGAACGCUCAAUAUCCAUAUACAUGCUUUAUCGGCCAAGAUUUUAAAUAGGAAGAGUUAUCUUCCUUGAAGUUCUUUUUUGGAAGAUCUGUUAUAUCUUCUCCAGCCACAAAAAUUAUUCAUAAGAGGAAAAUGUUAUUUCCUUAAAACACUUCAUACUGUUAUUGCAAAGUACAAUUGUGAUCACAUACAUGAGAUAUUUAAAUGAACAUGUAUGAAUAAGAUAAAAAAAUAUUCAUAUAUUAAAUCCUUUUGUUUGAUCUGAGAUGAGUUUUUCUGAUCGAAAACUGUCUAAUGUAAACUUUUUACAUUUUUUACCACUUAAUUUGAGCCACUAACUUAAUUUUGACCAAAUUUGGCUCAUAGUAUCUAUGGAUGAAGUGCUGCCAAGUUUGUUCUGACAAAUGAAGGAUUAGACCCACCUCAUCAGAUAUAUUAAUGAAAAUUUUAAAAUCUUUUCAUAAUUAAAUAGCCACUAAUAUCAAAAGUUUUAUAAAAGUCUCUUUUUGUAUGAUAGAUUGAAGUUUGUUCAAAUAUGACCCUACGUUACAGGAGGAACCACAGUGAGGGUCCUGUAAUAGAUAAAAAAUAUCCCAAUAAAUAGUUUCCCUUGGAAUAUGGAGGCAGGGAAUGUUGAAAUUAUUGUAGAUGAGUGCUGAUAAUUAUGUUUUCACCAUGACCUUUUUGGUAAGUAAGGGGUUUCCAAAACAUGGGGUUGUACCAACAAGUUCUACUAAAAAAGGAAAGCUUUAAUUUGUAUGAUUGACAAAGAAGCAUAGAGGCAAGCCAAAAUGGAUUUUUUUUCAAGUUUAGUUACCAUAAUCUUUGGAGAUUAAGGGGCGGGGGUUUCAAUAUUUAUUAACAGUUAAAAGAAAACAUUAUACUGAAGGAAAGGGGGGCUUAAUUUGUGAUAAGAUGCUAGCUAAUUGAAUUUUGUUAAAGUUUGUUUUCAUUUCUACUUUAAAAGUUGGGGUUAAAAGAGGUUGCAAUAAAAGGUGUGAUUGGGGUGGAGUUUGGAUUGUGAAAUGGUGAAAUUUAUAUUAAAGUUGGCUAGUGUUAAACAUUAAGACAUUCAAUCAUACCAUGUCCUUAUCAGCUCUGAUGACAAAGGUAAAACUAAAUGUAGUUUUGCAGGAGAGAGAGAGAGCAAAGUGUGCCCGCAUACAGUAGUUUGCCCCCUUUUACAAUGCAUUUUUGUAUUUAACAAAAAAGUUACGUACGCUUUUAAUGGAUUGUUUUUUAUAUAAGGUAGUUGUGUCAGCAGAGUUGAGUUGGAUAUUAUUUGUCAGGUGAGCAAUGAGACCCAUGGGCCUCUUGUUUAUUUGACUGGUGUGGAUGCUGGUAGUGUCUUUGACUACUGCAGUAACCGGGAACAGGCUGUUCUGGCACUGUAUGAACGAGACAGAGUUGUGAACACUGUCAUACAAGAUGCGGUCCAACUCUAAAUAAAAUAUCGGUCUGAUCGUUAUACGGGCAAAAUUCCAAUCGGACUACAUGUAUUUUAUAGCCUGGCUAUUGAAAAUAUCAACAUGCGCAUCAAAUUUUAUUUUUAUUUCAUGCUCACGUAAUAUCCACGUGUAUAAUGUUUGGUUACGCUCUGCUUACACCCACAAGUCUGAGAAUGCAGUUACUACAAUUAUGCAAUUUUCUUCUACGAAUUAAUUCUAGCAAUUAACGUUUGUAGUGAAUAUCGUUUUUAUACUGAAAUUGCUCUGCUGGCAUACUGUAACCAAUGAUGCACAUCAAGGUAAAAAAAAAAGCUAGCAGAACAAUUUCUGUUUAUAAAUCAUAAAUAUUCAUUAAACUGUACACAUCUUA